CAAAAUGGCGAGGAUCGUGAAGUGUGUGAAUUAUGUUUCUAGGUUAUGACUAUAACGUUACGUUAAAUAAUUACAUUAUAGUAAGUUUAAUUGUGAGUUUGGCAUAUACUUGUAAUAUCCUUUUGAAGACAAUCAACUAUGAAAAAUGACAAUCGCGAGGUGUAUGAUUUCUUUCAAACCAUAUACAAAGUUCCCUUAUUUAGAUGAUUGUAAAUAUUUGAAAGUCCGCCUCAUAAAUACAUCACGCCCCAAUUCUAAACUUACCGUGAAAUCAGAACUUCAAAAUGGUCCACUUGCAACCUUGGAUGAAAAGGUUAAAAGUGGCGAACUAAUUCAUGAUGAAUAUCAAAGAAAAGUUGUUGAAAAGCUGCAGAAAGUUUAUAACGACAUUGAAAGCUAUAUUCCACCCGAAAGUGGCAUCUUCAGUAGAUUCUUUAAAGGAGCCAAGAGAAAAAUUCCUAAAGGUCUCUACAUUCAUGGAGCAGUAGGUGGAGGAAAAACUAUGCUUAUGGACAUGUUUUACGAAUGUUGUAAGACAGAAGAUAAAAGACGUGUUCACUUCAAUGCAUUUAUGUUAGAUGUUCAUGCAAGAAUUCACGAAGUCAAGAAGACGGUGGUGAAGUCAUACGAUACCACAAAACCACAGCCAUUUGAUCCUAUUGCUCCUGUUGCUAGAGACCUAAGUAACAAAGCCUGGUUGUUAUGCUUUGACGAGUUUCAGGUUACUGAUGUAGGUGAUGCAAUGAUACUCAAGCGGCUGUUUGUAGAACUUUUCAACAAUGGUGUAGUGGUUGUUGCAACAAGUAACAGAGCUCCUGAUGAUCUCUACAAGAACGGUCUUCAGAGAUCGAAUUUUGUACCCUUCAUUGGUGUACUGAAAGAACGCUGUGAAAUAGCAAAUCUUGAUUCUGGAGUGGACUAUCGUCUGAAAUCAAUUGCUGACAAAGAAAAAACAUACUUUGUGAAAACUGAGUGUGAUGCAAACAAACAGCUGGAUAUUAUCUUCAAACUACUAUGUUCACAAGAAAAUGAUAUAAUCCGUCCACGAACACUUACAAUACUGGGUCGAAAUGUGACAUUCAGCAAAACUUGUGGACAAGUGAUCGACUGCACAUUCAGCGAAUUGUGUGAUCGACCUCUGGGUGCGAGUGAUUACUUGCAGAUUUCCCGUGUCUUCCAUACUGUUCUGAUCCGUGACGUCCCCCAGCUGACUCUCAAGCAGAAGUCUCCCGCGCGUCGAUUCAUAACCUUGAUAGACACGUUGUAUGACAACAGGGUGCGUGUAGUGGUUUCUUCAGAUGUACCUCAUCGACAAUUGUUCUUGACUGAGCAGUCCGUUGAUCAGAUGUUGGAUGAGAAUCGUGCACUGAUGGAUGAUCUCAACAUACAAGUUGGAUCAGAAAAUGCUUCUGCUAACAUAUUCACUGGUGAGGAAGAAGUAUUUGCCUUUGAACGCACAGUUUCUCGACUGUCCGAGAUGCAAACCAGAGAAUAUUGGGAGCAGUGGGAAAGGCAUAGAUAGUCACAUGUGCCUCAUUACACUACAGUUCCGAGUAUCAUACCUCACUUAGGAGGAAUAGUCAAUUGUAGUGCCAUCUGUGUUUGCUGGAAUGAAUUUGAUUGUUUGCAUAUAUUCUUUUGUGCAAUAUGUGCAGGCACAUUUAGCAGACUAGGUGGCUGAAAGACCACAGAUGAGAUUUACUGAUAUAAAAAAGAUGUACAUAAUAACUUAAUUUAUUAUUUAUUUAUUGUUUGUUUGCAGCAUAUACUGUAUAUUUUUAAAAAUAUUUUAGAGUGAGACUAUUUGCAUUUGGAAGUAUCCAAAUCAUACCUGAAAACUUGUUACCAUCUUACAUGUAAGUAUUAGCCUGUAAAUACACAAAGGAAAAAGGUGUAACUGGUCACACAAUUUGUAAUUAACACUUUUUGAGGCAAUUUUAUUUGUGUCUUCAUGUUGUUGUAAGUACUCAGCACCUUUUACCUAGAUACCACAGUUCUAGUUAUUGUGCUAUGUUUUUAAUUGUGUAAAUGUUUGUUGAACAAACAAAGGCUUCAGAAUAAGGUUCUAACGACAGAUUGACUAUUUGCAUUUUACUGGUUACUGUCUAAUAUAUCACUUUUUGUUGCAUACACAGGAUGAUAAGUUUGCCCUUCCUUUACUGCUGUGAGAAAUUAUCUAUAAUACUUACCACUGUAAUAUUGUAUGAGAAGAUGCAUAAACUUCAAGCAAAGUAAGUUGUCUGUGAUAGCAUCUCAUUAUUUUUUGGUUGUAUUGUUGUUUUACCAGCUGUUGGUUCAAGUGAUAGAAAAUAAAUAAACAAGUAAGGUAUGGUCUCGAAGCAGAAGUAAAAUGUUCCUAAAUGUGUUCCAUGUACUUCUCAUACAUCACCAUACUGUGUUGUCACCAUAUUAUAUGUUCUUUAGUUCUGCAUCAGUGAAAACAUUGAGAAAUGUCAACACAGUAAAAUUAGUAAUUGAGAAAGUGUGUAUGAAGUAUAUAUUCAUUAUUAAAUUACAGUUACGAACAAGAAUUUGUAGUUAAAGAUACAGCAAGAAUGUUCACUGUUAGUGUUUCACUGUGACAGCUACUCACACUACUGAUGUGUCAGGGAUAAAUCAGUGUUACAUGGUCUAGCUAACGACUAUUUUCCCAAAGUCAGUAUAUAUUUAUUGCAUCUGCUGUGAAAGAUGAAAAAAUCAAAAUGGCUAGUCUCUCUGAACUUCUGGUGUAGACUGAAAUAUGAGUGAUGUAGCAAUAUCCAAAGCAAUGAGUUUACUUUCAUCAAAUUACUAGACUGCUUCAAUAAUGUGGAUGCAUCAUGAAGAAAGUUGAAUUAUUUCUGUGUACACUUUUCAAGUGUUAUGUUUUCAUUUGAAUGACAAUAAUAUGAACAAAUAAAUUAUUCCAAAUUGCCUAUUAGUGAUAAAUUAUAGUUAAGUCAGUCAGUUUGCUCACUGUCUUAUCAGUUUGUAGACACUGUAAGCUGUAUUUGUUUCACAAGGGAUUUGGCAGCAGUUUGUGUGAUCCAUUGACAUAUAAUGAUUUUGCACCAAACUACAGCAGAAACUCUCAAAAUUCCCAUUAACAGCCAUUCUUAUAAUAUACAAAUGGAUCUCAUGCAUUGAUACAAAUUGUCUGCUGUGGAGAUGAGGACUAACUUUGCCAUAAACAUUUCUCAUCAUAUGUAUAGUCUGGAGGAGUAGGGAAACAGGCAAGAGUAACAGAAGACAAAUAUCUUCUUUUGAGUACUGGUAUGUCUUAGUCUUGGCUUGUCACUAAUGUUCUAAUCUAGAUGCACCUCAUUAACAAAAAGUGAAGAGAAACAACUAAAGUUGAAAUAAUGCAAUCCCAUAAGAGAACAUGUUUCUGAUGUGGUCUUCAUUUUUCUUUUCUAACACAGUCCCAACAUCACAUCUGCAUUUUUUUCUUUUUGCAUGUAAGACACUAUGAAAAAUGCUCACUCCUAAUAUGAGUAAUUAUCAGUUAUACUAGCACCAAUAGAUGAUUUUUUUUUUUAAAUCAAUGGAUUGAUGUAUGUGAAGUACAUAUUCUGUUGUCUUGAUCUGUGCCACAAAUAGUAUUAAGCACUUUUAGUUAAUGUUAAACAUUUAAAACUAUAUUUGUUGUUCUGUAUUAUAAGAUUUGUUCAAAGGAAGUGUCUCUUUGAAACUUAUGUAGGCAAAUUGUGUACUUAAAGAUAAGUAGUCAGAUAUGUGAACAGAGUGAUGGAAGAAGACCUAUAAUACAUGCCACAGCUUAAACUAAUAAUACUUGGCAGCAUGCUGUAAAGCCUAGCUGUUUGUCACCAACUUUCAACUUUAUUGGUAGUUGAAUGUAUAAUCAUUAGAAACAUUCAAUGUUACUAGUGAAAAAUCAAAAGGGAAACCCAGUACAGUGUAAAAAGCGACAUUUGCCAUUCUUGUUAUGGUCAGAUAAUGCUGAAGUUUAUAUCCAGUUCAAUACUCAAAACUUAUUAGUUUUUCUUAAAGCUUGGUGUAGAGGUGGCAGUGUAGAUUCACCAUUUUAGAAUCUUCUUCAGAAUAGUAAAAGACACAUUCUGUCAUUGCCAAUCAAAGCCUCAAAAUUUUUAGGAGGUAAGUUGUCCUUAAGUGUACUAUUUCUAUAUUCUCAAACUGCAAUGAUGAUUUUCUUUUCAGGCAUUGGCUGUGAUACACCUGCUGUAUUUUUAUUUGAUGUCAUUUCUUUCUUUUUACAGUAUUAUUAUUGGUUUUAGUUGUUGUCUCUUACAUAAAAUGUACAUUUUUUUUCAUUACUUACAUAUACAAUUAAUAUAUUUUUUUGAAUAACAGUUGAUGAAGCCAUUUGGCAGUCCAAAGUUGCCCCGCCCCAUACUGUCUAUAAAAAAAUCAUUUUAUUCAGCAAACAAGAUCCUAUAAAUUCAUGUGAACAUUAUGUUAUUUCAUGUGCUUAACAUUGGAGGAAAAUUAUUUACAACAAAACUGCAAUAUAUCGUCACCUCCUUCCCAAUAUGGUGGCUAUUAAUUUGCAGUUGGUUUAUCAAAUUUAUACUGGUCCUGCAUUUUGCAUUACAGGCUUCAAACUUUAAAAUGACAUUUGAUGGUAAUGUUUCAUUCAUAGUAGUUUUCCAAUUCAUCUUACGAUUUUGUUGAUGGGUACACUUUGGGGUAUUUCACAGAUUGCUAUUUUGUUUAAAUAUGGCAAUUAUUGUGCUGGAUACCAGUUAGGCACAAUCAAAAACUGAUCCCUUAUCUGUUAAACUUAUUUUAAAAAGACUGUUUCAUUAAUCAUGGCACCUAAGAUGUGACAUUUUCUGAUGAAACUGUUAGCUAUAACUUUAGAAAAAUUAUUCUGUAUUAUUUACCAUCAACACCACUGCUGCUGUAGGAGAUUGUUGACAGCAUUGUUGAGUGGGCUGCAAGUAUUAUUAUGUAAUAUUUUUUGGCGCCCACCAGUGCUUAAUGUUUCUUCAGCAGAUUAGACGCAUUACUUGUUGCUUAAAUAGCGACCGAUGACCUCAGCAGUUUGGUCCCUUAGGAAUUCAAACACAUUGUUCCUUAAACUCAUGGUGUGGAGGCCCUUGGUUUAUAUAGAACAUGUUGAAUUCAAAGUAUAAGGCACAGUUUGUGAUGCAGAAAUUAUUUGUGCUUGUGGGUAUUGACAGGAUGACAUCUUAAACAGAACACCACCCAAACUUGUAACAGCUCUCAUGUGUCAAAAUAAUCAAAAAUAAUUAUGGCCUUCAUGGGUGACAAGUUAAGUGAUACAUUUUGUCUCUGUGGUACUGAUGAUUCUGUAGUUCAGAUUUCUGUGUAUGUCCAGUUUCCAGUGAUUUUAAUUAUUCAAUAAAUCAUUAAUCAUCUUUUUAAAUUUUGAACAGCAUAGACAAAGAAGUACUGAUAUAAGCAGAUAAUGUGUAUUUUAAGCACUGUUUCAUAACAGCUAUGGUUACUUGAGCAUGUCACCUGUAAUGACCUAAUGUCAAAAAAUCACUGAGCUCCAACUGAUGUAUUAUCUCCCUUUGUUACUUCCGUAGAUUGACAUCUCUAAAAUCACUACAAGUAUACUUUUGAAUGCUUGACCAAAGUGUAGAAUUAUUUAAGUGGCAAAACAUCACCACCCAACACCUUUAUUAUCACUCUUUAACACUAUUAGGCAUUUUUACCAUGCACAACUGCCAAAUUUCAUGUAAUAUGUUUCAGCAGUUGUAUUUAAGUACAACUUGGAAUGGGCACAGUGACACAUUUUUGAUGUUUAAAAGUCACUACUUUAUACAUUUGUAACUAGUUGCUGGUAUUUGGUAAUGUGUGAAGCUGACUUUCAAAUGUAUACACUGGAUUUGCUAUGAAGCCAUGUUUUUCAUAGAAUCACUCAUCUGCUGUUGCUUAUUGUGACUCUUAUAUUUUAAAAAGUUAUAUGAGCACAUUAUUUUAAAAUAGUUUAAACAUGAUUUUAGUAUUGUUCACAGUGCCAGUGUAUUUAUCUCAUAUAAAAGUACCACUGAUCUUCAUCUUGUGAUAUUUUUAUUGUGUAUAAUACUUAUUUGUUAAAUGGUGACUUAAUGUCAGACUGUGGUAAACCAAUAUCAAACAGCACCAUGUAAAACAGUCAUAUUUUGGAUUGUAGUGUACUUAUUUGUGCAUAGGUCAGUAACUUUUUGAUAGUGUUAACAAAAGUUUAUUUUUAAAUAUAGUAUAUCAUCUUUUAA